AUGUACCCUGAGAGCGUGAGCUCAGCACUGGAAGAGGAGGAAGAGGAGGAGGAAGACACCGUCAGGAGGACUGAGUGCAGUGCUGAAAUCCAAAUCACGGCAGACCCUCUUGCCGAACAGCGGGGGCUUUCGACAACGGAACGGGUACAUUUGCUGUUGCAACAGCUUCAAAGGACGGGUAGGUACAGCACAGAUUCCCAGCUUGCGGGCGUAUUGCUGCAGCCACCAUGUGUGAUCGCUCAGCAGACUGAUGCGUCCCUCGAGGACGUGGACGCGCUCUACCGGUACAUCGGCACCGCUAUAGUGAACCGCACCAACCUCCCACUUGCACCUAUUACAGUAGCAGACUUCCUCACCCACCACUGUCGGCCCUUUAUUCCGACCGGGCACGAGUGCUUGGACAGCGCCCUGAUGGGUGGCAUUGGGUGUGGGCUGGUGACAGAAAUUACAGGCGCCACCGGCGCUGGCAAAACGGCGUUUGCGCUGCACCUCGCGCUGCAUGCCGCGAGCUACACGGCAGCUGACCCCAGGAAGGCUCGCACGCUGUGGAUCACCACUGAUGCGGCGGCCUUUCCAGCCGCGGCCGCAGUGGAGCGGGUGCUGCAGCAGCACCUCGAGGCGCAGAGCAAAAACGGCAGCAGCGAGGAGGCGGAGGAUGCCCUGCGCGACGUGACAGUGGCACUGCACGCAACACUCGCGCAGCUGCGGGCCUGGCUGCCGGCGCUGCGGCGGCACCUCGCACAGUGCGUGAACGUGCGGCUUGUGGUGCUGGACAGCUUCUCCACGCUGGUGCGCCGCAGCUUCCCCGGCGUGGAGGAAGAGGUCGCGGAGCGCCACGAGGCGGUGGCGGAGCUUCUGGGAAUUCUGAAGGAAAUUGCGCAGGAGUACUGCGUCGCGGUUGUUGUCACGACCCUGUCCGGGAGCGAGCUUGGCCAUUCCUUCCUGCACGCUGUGAACACUCGACUGCGGCUAACGCAAUGUGUGCUGGAGCGGAAGGGUGUCGUGGAGGCGAAGGAGGGGACCGUGCGUGUAGUGACGCACAUGGUGGAGCUGGUGAAAAGCUCUGUCGCCGCAGCGAGUCGCUUCGAGUGCGAGUUCGACGGACUUCUAUUGCGGCACGUGCGGCUGCUCGAUGACGGUACGGUGGUGAUGCUGGAGGACGCCGCGCUGUGCAGCGUGGACCCCGCCGGCCACGUCAUUGUGCCGACAUUUGUGUACUGUUGA